AUGUAUUUUGUCAGAAGUGAUGGAUUAGCAGAAGAAGUUAAAAAAAUCGAACGAAAUGAAUUACGUCCUGUGGCUUUGUUGGUUUGGGCCGGUGUGAGCACACAUGGUGAAACUCAGUUACAUUUUGUUGAGCAUGGUUCAAGAAUUACUAGCCGAUAUUAUAUUGAACAUAUAAUAGAACCAUUUGUUAAUUAUGAUAUUCCUCGUUUAUUUUCUGGUGAUACACACAAGAAAAUGAGUCUUCAUCAAGACAGUGCACCAGGUCAUGCAGCCAAAGGAACACUUAGUUAUAUGAAAGAAAAGAAAAUUCAAGUCAUAACAUCUACAGAGUGA